AAGGGCCAAUAGGCAGAAACACAGACCAAAAAAAAAGCGACUUUUAAAAACGAAGAAGACAAAGAAACCGGGGCACACAAGGGGAGGGAGAGACUGGCAGGAAGAGAUGAGAAACGGCAAAGGAAGACAGUAUUGUUACAGAGAGAUUUUGCCAUUUGCAGCGAUGGUAAUAGUGGAGUGUGCCAACGUGGGUAAUAGCACUCUGUUUAAAGCUGCCUCUGAUCAAGGAAUGAGCUUCAUGGUCUUCGUUGUCUACUCUUUCGGUUUAUGCAGUCUCGCUCUCAUACCCAUCGCCUUCAUUUUCCACAGGAAUACUCCGCUUCCUCGGUUCACUUUACCAGUCUUUGGUAGAGUUUGUCUUCUUGGCGUUCUUGGAUUUGCAGCUCAAAUGCUUGGUUGUAAGGGGCUUGAAUACGGUUCGCCUACUCUAUCUUAUGCUCUCAGCAAUCUCCUACCAGCUUUUACCUUCGCACUCGCCAUUAUCUUCAGAAUGGAAAAGCUGGACUUAAAAAGUUUUACCAGUCAGGCCAAAAUCCUAGGCACUUUGGUAUCUAUAUCAGGUGCACUAGUGGUGGUUCUGUACAAAGGUCUGCCAGUCAUAAGAACUUCUUCACAAUACCAAUCUCUUAACCAGCCUGUGGGAUUAGUAUCAUCACAAUCAAAUUGGGCUCUAGGAGGCCUUCUCCUUGCCUUAGACUAUCUCGUAUUGUCCAUUUGGUACAUUGUUCAGGUAAUAUUAUUUGUACAUUUUUUUCCCCUCAAACUGCUAAUUGUUGCCCAGAUACAGCAGAUAGUGGAAUAUUUUGUCCUUAUUGAUUUGCAGACUCAGACGGUCAAGAUGUAUCCAGCAGAGUUUCUAGUUGUACUUUUCUACACUGCAGGUGUGACGAUUGUAUCUGCUCCAGUGUGUUUCUUUCUGGAGCCGGAUUUAAAAACUUGGAGUAUAUCGACAACAAUAAUGCUUAUCUCACUUUUAUAUGCUGCAAUCAUUGGUACAGGUUUUGGUACAGUUGUACACACCUGGGGCCUGAAAGUAAAAGGCCCCGUCUAUGUAGCAUUAUUUCGACCACUGUCGAUAGCCAUUGCUGCUUUCAUGGGUGUUGUUUUCCUUGGUGAUACGCUCUAUCUUGGAAGUGUGAUUGGAGCUAUACUGAUUUCCAUCGGAUUUUAUGUCGUCUCGUGGGGAAAAGCGCAAGAGGAAAUGAGUGAGGACGGGGGAGUUCUCAGAAUUGAGUCAGCUGCCUCUGAAAAUGUCCCUCUAUUAGGAUGAAGUUGGUUAUGCAUAGAUAGUAGGUAAUAUUUCCUAAAUUACAAAUAAAAUUGGCAGUUAUACUUGAAGGUGGAAACUAGGCAAAUGGAACGGGAUGAUGAUGGAUUUUUAAAUUUCAUCCUCCCAUUUCCAGAGGGCUAGCAGCUAAAUAUAUGUAUUUGUAUGCUACUAGUCACUAGUGGCUCUGUAAGGAAAGCAUAUAACCUAGAAGAAGGUCCUUUUGACUGUUUUUUGUC